GACUGAAAGAAAAAGGGGCCGAUCCUUAUAAAGCAAAAAGCACGCAGGUGUCUUGUUUAUCAUAUUUCUUAUGCCCUGUCUUUACCGAUCCAUGUCAAUUUAUCAAUCCUGUUACUGGAUGUGCCGCGAUAUAUAUUCGAUACAAGUAUGUCAAGUCGUUUCUUCAAAUGUCCUAGCCUUUUCAUUUCAACUGUCUGUUUUGAUAGAGGAAACGCACUUCUAUGCUUUAUUUCCUCUGUCUACUUUGAUUGAGGAAAGGCACGUCUAUUCUCCAUUUCCUGUAGCAGUAAAAUUCAGCAUCUUGAUUUCUAUAUAACUUUGAUAGUUGAACAUCGUACCAGCUGCCUCUCAACCUGCCAAAAUUAGCAAAAGACAAAGGGAAAGAUCCGACCUUAGGUCUGAGAAAAAAAGGGAGCUUUUUGACACUCUUGUAGGCGUUCGCUAAACGUUAACGUCACCUUUCUUAUUCCCGACUGACCACACAAACACCUGUAUGUGAUAAUAUUCUCGCAAUCGGUCGACUCUACGGACGUACAUACGCCUCCUGAGAGCUGAGCUGAACAUUAACGUAAAAAAGAAAACAAGGCCUAUAAGAUCAAAUGCCAUAUUAUAACUUUUCCUGCUACCAUUUCACCAAAUGGGUCGAAGAAGACCAGAUUACCCAGACGGAGUUCGCAAUUAUUGCUGUUCUUAACGGAGUUACAAUUCUACCCGCGAUCAUCCUAAAUGCUCUAGUCCUCGUCUCGAUAUGGCGCACGCCAGCACUUCACACCCCUGCGAUGGUACUCCUGGGAAACCUCGCACUGUCGGAUUUUGCAGUUGGCAUCAUCGCCCAGCCAGUUCUAGCAGCCUGGACUGCUUUAGAACUCAGGGCCAGUGAGAGGCCGCACACCUAUUGCGACGUUGCAACACUCUAUGGCAUAACGUCGACAGGUCUCGGCGCCGUGUCUCUUUUCAGCAUUACCGCCGUUGCUGUUGAUAGGUUUCUUGCCCUUCAUCUUCAUCUUAGGUACAAAGCCAUCGUUACAAUCAAGAAGGCGAUCGUUGUUUGCGCCGUGAACUGGUUAUUCGCAGUUUUAUCGGGAGUGUGGUGGAUAAUUUUUGGGGUCAACUCAUUUAAUGUGAUCUUGUGCUGUGUCAUGGGAAUAUGCGCUAUUAUAAUCAUGGCUAGCUACGUUAAUAUCUGCAAUGUGGUCCAAAAACACCGCAAUCAAAUCCAAGUUGUCCCAGCGGAAACAUCCUGCAUUGAAUCCUGUGUUCCAAACGUCAGCUCAAACAUAAAGUACCGAAAAUCCGUGCGAACUUCUCUGUACAUAUACUUUGCAUUCGUCUUGUGUUAUAUCCCUUGUUUUGCAGCGUUUUUGUACUAUGGUAUCACGGCAGACAACAGUCGAUCAGGGUUUUUCGUGAAAGUAACUACCACCAUAGUUCUGAUGAACUCUGGGAUAAACCCGGCUAUCUACUGUUGGAAGAUGAAGGAGCUCCGGUGUGCCGUUCGGAGCAGUGCACAUCUUCUUGGAAUUUUUUUUCUGGGAAGUACGUUGCUGAUCAUGAAACAGAAAGGAUGGAUGUAGGCCCGUAGGCCGUUUUAAACGAAUUCUGUAAAAAAAAAUCAAAAACCGUUCUUGACUAUUAUAUUUAAAAUCGCCCUGCGAUCAUGUGCGAUCAUAUGGAACCGCAUAAGGAUCGGUUGCAGACGUACGGUAAAGUUACCUACAAUCAUGUGCGAUCAUAUGGAAACCGCAUAAGGAUCGGUUGCAGACGUACAGUAAAGUUACCUACAAUCAUCAUCCGAUCAUAUGGAAACCACAUAAGGACCGGUUGCAAACUUACGGUAAAGUUACCUACGAUCAUGUGCGAUCAUAUGGAAACCACAUAAGGAUCGGUUGAAAACUUACGGUAACGUUACCUACGAUCAUGUGCGAUCAUAUGGAAACCACAUAAGGAUCGGUUGCAGACGUACGGUAAAGUUACUUACGAUCAUGUGCGAUCAUAUGGAAACCAUAUAAGGAUUGGUUGCAAACUUACGGUAAAGUUACCUACGAUCAUGUGCGAUCAUAUGGAAACCACAUAAGGAUCGGUUGCAGACGUACGGUAAAGUUACCUACGAUCAUGUGCGAUCAUAUGGAAACCGCAUAAGGAUCGGUUGCAGACGUACGGUAAAGUUACCUACAAUCAUCAUCCGAUCAUAUGGAAACCACAUAAGGACCGGUUGCAAACUUACGGUAAAGUUACCUACGAUCAUGUGCGAUCAUAUGGAAACCACAUAAGGAUCGGUUGAAAACUUACGGUGAAGUUACCUACGAUCAUGUGCGAUCAUAUGGAAACCACAUAAGGAUCGGUUGCAGACGUACGGUAAAGUUACCUACGAUCAUGUGCGAUCAUAUGGAAACCACAUAAGGAUCGGUUGCAAACUUACGGUAAAGUUACCUACGAUCAUGUGCGAUCAUAUGGAAACCACAUAAGGAUCGGUUGCAGACGUACGGUAAAGUUACCUACGAUCAUGUGCGAUCAUAUGGAAACCA